GCUCGUGUCGCGUCCUCGACGAUAACAGAAAAAGAUUAGUAGAAGCUUUCUCUUUUAGUUGUCCGCUUUUGUGCAACCAUCUCAUUUUUUCGACGCAACGCCACAACUCUGCAAACUUAUUCACUCAUCGUUACAUACGUACAGAUCCACGUGAGGUAUCUCCAACAUGGACGCUACGAACCGCAGCCUUUCCUACCUCUGCUGUGUCGGCGGCUCUCUGAAGCCAUGGGCUGAGGGCCAGGACGAGGGUGACGACAAGUAUGAGAGCUUGCAGGGCCCCGGCGAUCGCAACCUCACCGGCUCCGUGAACGACAAGCGCAUUUGCGUGCCGCAAAAAAUUGACCCGAAGACUUUCUUCGCCAACGAGCGCACGUUUCUGAAGUGGCUUUCCAUUUCGGUGAUGGUCGGCCUCAUGUCCCUCACCCUCCUCAACUUCGGUGACUCCACGAGCAACGGGGCAGAGCUGGCAGGCUUGCUGUUGCUGCCGGUCUCCAUUAUCUUUAUGGUGUACUCGCUCUUCAUCUUCCGCGACCGCGCCAACAAGAUUUACAUGCGUGAGCCGAUGCGCUACGAUGACACCCGUGGCCCUACCAUGCUUGUCCUCGUGCUGGGCUCCGCGCUGGUUCUCGCGACCAUCUUCUCUCUCCAGCGCCAGUACUCGCAGACGGUGGUUUCUUCCUUCUCCGACUCGACGCGCUUCUCGCGGUAA